AUGAAUAAGGAAAAUCGAUUUGCACCACUCUUAGCACCGUCUACUUCUUCUGAUGUUUACAUCAAAGAUCCUUACAAAAGUUCAAGAAUCUCAUACACAAGAAACUUUCUUCUCUCUUUAGCUAAAGCUAAAGCUGGUAGUUACAGAACGAUGAAAGUAUCAAAGGAGCUUCAGUUAGCAAUGUCUUGUAUGUAUGAAGGUUCUCUUGAUCUCCUACCCUCCCCUUAUAGUGAACUAGAUUCAGUUAGUCAGAAAGUUUCUGCUUCAAAGGUUCUGGAUAAUGUCCAUCUACUGCAUACUAGUAGUAAACCAUAUCUGCCUCCAUGUCGCAACAAGGCACUAUCUUCAAGUGGAGACAGCAAUGGCUCACUAAAGAGUGACAUAUCUGGAUUUUCUGAGUGUACAAAUCAGGAAGUGCAACCAGAACAACAAAAACGUCAAAAUGUUUCUCCGACGAAAUUUCCAAAGAGUGAUGAGCUUUGGGAGUCUUAUGUGUAUCUUGAACCUCCAUCGAUCCAUGAUGUCCAAAUUCAGCACGAUUCAGAACUUAAGUCUUCCAAUACCAGCUUCGAAGACUGGUCAAGUUCUAUCUCUGGUUUUAGUUUCCCUGAUGAGGACAGUUUAAUUACAUAUGACGGACCUUUCUCGACCCUUGAAGCGGAAAUUCCGCCUAGUAUUGAUAGUUUCAUGUCUUCCCCUGAAAGCAAUCUGACUGAGGAUGAUUUGGAUAGUCAAGACUCAACUUUUGAAAUGAUCAAGAGUCUUAUAGAAUUUGUACUCAAUGGUGAUGAUGAUGAUUACGAUGACGAUUAUUAUAAUUUUGAUAAGGAUAGUUCCUGUAUGGAUGAUACUAUGGCAGAGCUGGUCCAGCAUGGUGCUAGAGUUGCUAAACCAAACCUUUCUUUUGAGGCGUUUCAUUCUAAUCAGUUGAAUCUAGGAAGGGGUCCAUUCUCUCUGUCUUCCCACUCUUGCCCAUGGGGCCAAAUAUGUGACAGUGAUAAUGAGCUUAAAAGGUUUGGUCUUGGAGCUGAUGAAUCAAUGUUUCAACAGGGUAUAAUGCCAUCACUUGAGGUGCCUUCAUGGAAGGAGAAGACAAACCUAAUGAAGAAUUCUUCUGAAUAUCAGCAUCCAGGCUAUUACUGUUAUGUAGAAGGAGCUCCUGAUUCUCUUGGUGAUGGCAAUGGAGUAAUUGGCAGUUUUGAAGACAAGAAACUGGGAGAAAGUCAGUUCAUGAGAGGAUUCUACUAG